AUGUCAGUUUCCAACACAACCGACUUCACCAACCCCUCCACCUUCAUCCUGCUGGGCAUUUCUGGCCUGGAGGUGGCCCAUGUCUGGAUCUCCAUACCCUUCUGCGUCACAUAUGCAAUAGCCAUCUUGGGGAACUUCACCAUCCUGUUCACUGUGAAGAGGGAGACAAGCCUCCAUCGGCCCCUGUACUAUUUCCUCUGCAUGCUGGCCAUCACUGACGUGGCCCUAUGCACAUGCACAAUUCCCAAAAUGCUGAGCAUCUUCUGGUUGAAUUCCAGGGAGAUUGAUUUUCGUGCCUGCCUCACCCAGAUGUACUUUGUUCACUGCUUCACAGUGAUGGAGUCUGGGAUCUUUGUGGCCAUGGCUUUUGAUCGCUACGUGGCCAUCUGUGAUCCAUUGAGACAUUCCACCACCCUGACAAACUCUGUGGUGGCCAAGGUCGGCCUGGCCGUGGUGCUGCGUGGAGGCAUGCUUGUACUUCCUUAUCUCUUCCUGGCCAGGCAGUGGCCAUAUUGCAGAACCAACAUCAUCCCUCACUCGUACUGCGAGCACAUGGUCAUGGUGAAGCUGGCCUGCGGUGACAUCCGCAUCAGUAGUUAUUACGGCCUCUUUCUGUUAUUCUUUGUGACCGGUGUGGAUGUGUUUUUUAUCACCAUGUCCUAUAUCCAGAUCCUCAGGGCCAUCUUCAGCCUCCCCACAAAGGACACCCGGAUCAAGACUUUUGGGACCUGCACCUCACACCUCUGUGCCAUCUUAGCCUUUUACAUCCCAGGUCUUUUCUCCUUAUUCACACACCGGUUUGGGCAGAAUGUGCCCCUGCAUUUCCACAUUCUCAUGGCCAAUGUGUACCUCCUGGUGCCCCCCAUGCUGAAUCCCAUCAUCUACGGGGUGAGGACCAAACAGAUCCAAGACAGGCUACUCCAUCUCUUUACUCAUAAAGGGACUUAA